AUGUUUUCCUUCUCCUUUCCUGUCCACAUUCUUGACUGCGUCGGAAGCACGAUUGCCUCCCUAACCAACCGUCAACUUUUUGCCAGUACAAGUGCAACCGGUAUCAUGAGCCGUACUCAUUGGGACGAUGGCCUGCACGCAGUGAACGGCACAGAUGCGCCAGAAGCUGUUCUUCCUGGACAACAGGCACCCAAAGAGCCGGUCUCGACAAGAUGGACAGCAACCUAUCCGCAAUACAGCCCGCUGGUGCGACCGAAUUCCCCAGAGAAGCAAGAUCAGGAACAGAGUGGGCACUUCCUCCCACAAUUAAACGCAUCUUCGCCAGGUCUGAAAAGGAAGAUCUGCGGCCUACGGAGGUCCACGUUUUUUUUGAUAGUGGCGCUUCUGGCUGUGAUUGUAGUGGCGGCCGUCGGAGGUGGUGUGGGUGGAUCGAUCGCGGUCAAGAAGGCGAAGAGCUCCCCGCCCUCGAGCACCGCGUUCGACUGCGCAGCCGUCGCCUCCAGUGGCAGCAGUAUAACGCUGGGUGAUAAGAGCUGGAAGUUCGACGUUAAGUGCAAUCUGAAGUUUGAGGGAAACGUGAACCUCGCCGCUUCAGUUGCUUAUUCGUUCGAGGAAUGUCUCCAUUCGUGUGCACAAACGAACUGGCUACUGAGGAACGAGACAGUUUGCGACAGCGAGUGUAAUACCCUGAUUGAACGACUCGCCAACGGUCGUUGGGAUAGCGAGUUUGGAGUCGGCAGCGUCCUCGGCAUGAGGUCGGGUAUUGUACAAGACGUCGAGGGCAACCAUCGGGAGGUCAAGGCGGGGAGCAUGUUGAGGGCGUUCUCUGGCGUGCAACUAGAAUUGAUUUAG